GUGGGGUUUCGGAAGGGGCCGGGGCCGCUGCUGAGCCGCCUGGCCUCGCGCAGCCACCUGGAGCUGGUGCUCUGCAUCAUCGCCAUCUCCCUGGCCCCGCUAUUCAGCAUCGCUGUUGUUGCCCUGGCCAUCCAGUACCACAGAGAUCCCUCUCACAGCACAUGCCUGACGGAUGCCUGUGUCCGCGUGGCCAGCAAGAUCCUGGAAGCCCUGGAUGUGGAGACGGAUCCAUGCCAGGACUUCUAUCAGUACUCGUGCGGCGGCUGGAUCAAGAGGAACCCACUGCCCAACGGGCGCUCCAAGUGGAGCACCUUCAACAGCAUCUGGGACCAGAACCAGGCCAUCAUGAAGCAUCUCCUAGAGAACACCACCUUCAACUCCAGCAGCGAGGCAGAGCGGAAGACACAGCGGUACUACCUAUCCUGCCUCAAGGAGCAGAGGAUAGAGGAGCUGGGCUCCCAGCCCCUCGUGGAGCUCAUCGACAAGAUCGGGGGGUGGAACAUCACUGGCUCCUGGAACCAGACCAGCUUCAUGGAGGUACUCAAAAUGGUGUCAGGCACGUACCGGGCAACCCCGUUCUUCACGGUGUACGUGGGUCCGGACUCCAAGAGUUCCAACAGCAAUGUCAUCCAGGUGGACCAGUCGGGGCUUUUCCUCCCAUCCCGGGAUUACUACCUGAACAAGACUGCCAAUGAGAGGGUCCUGGCAGCAUACCUGGACUACAUGGUGGAGCUGGGCACACUGCUGGGGGGGGGCGCGGAGCCCACCCGCCUGCAGAUGCAGGACUUCGAAACGCAGCUGGCCUGGCCAACAGUCCCCCAGGCUGAGCGGCGGGAUGAUGAGAAGAUCUACCACAAGAUGAGCAUUGCAGAGCUGCAGGUCCUGGCCCCCACCAUCGACUGGCUGGAUUACCUGUCCUACGCUCUAGCCCCACUGGAGCUGGCGGACACGGAGCCUGUGGGGGUGGAUGGGGACACCUACAUCCAGCCGGUCUCGGACCUCAUCCACAGCACUGACAGGAGCAUCCUAAACAACUACCUGAUCUGGAACCUGGUGCAGAAGACAGCCUCCAGCCUGGACCAGCGCUUUGAGACAGCCCAGGAGAGGCUGCUGGAGACACUCUAUGGCACCAGGAAGUCCUGCACACCUCGCUGGCAAACCUGCAUCUCCAACACAGAUGACACACUGGGCUUCGCUCUGGGCUCCCUCUUUGUCAAAGCCACCUUCGACAGGGACAGCAAAGCCAUUGCUGAGGAAAUGAUCAGCGAGAUCCGGGCAGCCUUUGAAGUGUCCCUGGACCAGCUAGACUGGAUGGAUGAGGCAACCAGACAGGCUGCAAAGGAAAAGGCAGAUGCCAUCUACGACAUGAUCGGCUUCCCUGACUUCAUCCUAGACAACAAGGAGCUGGAUGAUGUCUAUGAUGGGUAUGAGGUCUCGGAGGACUCCUUCUUCCAGAACAUGCUCAACUUCUACAACUUCUCUGCCAAAGUGAUGGCCGACCAGCUCCGGAAACCCCCCAACCGCGACCAGUGGAGCAUGACCCCACAGACCGUCAAUGCCUACUACCUGCCCACCAAGAAUGGGAUCGUCUUCCCCGCUGGCAUACUGCAGGCUCCCUUCUACGCCCGCAACCACCCCAAAGCUCUUAAUUUUGGUGGCAUCGGUGUGGUGAUGGGACAUGAGCUGACCCAUGCCUUCGAUGACCAAGGACGGGAGUAUGACAAGGAGGGCAACCUGCGGCCAUGGUGGCAGAACUCUUCCCUGGAGGCCUUCAAGAACCGGACGGCGUGCAUAACAGAGCAGUACAGCCACUACACUGUCCACCGUGAGAAGGUCCAUGGCCGGCAGACACUGGCACGGGGCGAGAAUAUCGCUGACAACGGCGGGCUCAAGGCAGCCUACAACGCGUACAAAUCCUGGCUGCAGAAGAAUGGGGAGGAGAAGCGCUUGCCAGCCCUGGAGCUCACCAACCACCAGCUCUUCUUUGUGGGCUUCGCGCAG